AUGGCGGACACAGAUCGGGCUCCCGACAAGGCGGAGGACAACCCUGAUUACCUGGCUAAGCUGGACAGGAUUUUCGACAACUUCUGGCGCAAGCUGGGAAGUAAGCAGCACCAGCAUGUCCGGAGCCUGCCAGGUGACUACUCGCAACGCAAACCAACCCCGGUCACACAGCAGAAGGCCGCAGUUGCGAGGCCCUGCCAAGUUCUAAAAUGGCGAGGCGGGAAACGCGCCGUGCAGAGAGGCGCAUAUACCCACCCGGGUAAACUACCAGAGGGUAAAAGCUCACCUCGGAGACACCCUCCAAAAUCAGCAACGGCAUUAGAGGUAGCAGUCUCCUCAUGGGGGCGCAACCUACAUAAUGACACCCACAUACCCAGGAAAGCGCAGCAACAUGCACCCACGGUGAAGGCUCAAACAUGGCCGGCGCCCAAGCAGCAGAGCCCGACGAAACUAUUUGCAAGACAGAGACAGGAACUGACUAAAAGCAAACCACAGCCCUGCACCAAACCUGACAAGCCAUGGAGAACCCUGUUCCAGACCACCGAAAAGCACAGCCUUUCACCUGGGACUCAAAACCCGACUACUCUUUGGUGA